CCUCCACUUGUGAAAACCGCUUUUUGUGUUGACAUUUUUCUGUAGUCAAUAUGUGUUCUUUCAUCAUGCAAAUCAUAUCCACGUGAGCAAGUGAAGAUAUUUAUUUCUAUAAUUUAAGGUUACCGAGCCAGAACUCUGAAAUUUGUCAACAUGGAUCUAAAAGAAGUUUGUGUUAAGUUAGACGAAACACUGAUAGAAUUCUUCUCCGCCGUUAAACAGCUGUACCAAGAGCAAGCUGUUCUAGAACAAUACAUGAAAGAUGGCUACCUGAAUCUCUCUCGAGCUCGUUACAACAUGGGUCUUAACGCUGUAGGCGUUUUACAGUUCAACCAAAAUGCGAUGACAGCUUUGACAAAAGUCGAUGUAAAUGAAACAGAAAAGAAUUCUUCAAAACCUUUUGAAAUCACAUCAUCAAAAAUCCAAAAACCUACAAAACAAAAUGAAGAUGGUGGAUUGAGAAAAAGAAACACUGGAACGGAUAAUUCAGAAAAAAUAGAAAAUAUCGGAACGCUUAAAAAUGAUGAUUUAGACAAUAAAGAGGGGACUGUCAUUGACCCUAUUAAAUGGUUUGGUGUUUUGGUACCACAGAAUUUACGAAAGAGUCAAUCUAGUUUUAAACAAGCCGUGGAAUCGGUUGUGACGAUUGCCAAUUUAAAACAUUCUAUUACCAAUCUGCAAACCGAAUAUAGAUCUCUGUUGGAGAAAAAAUCUAAAAUGUUAAAAAAUGCAUCUAAUGAAAAUUGAUAAAGUAUGUUGAGUUUAGUUUUAGAACCAUUAACUUGGUUAUCUGCAAUUCGACAUGAAACUUGACAUGCUUGUUAUUUGGAUAAUUGCUCAUGGCUACAUUUACACAGACUUCGAUUAAUUCCAAGAUAGCUAGUGCAAUGACGUCAUGGUGGGUUCAGGGUUCAUAUAGUGUGUUUGUACAUUUUGUAUGUUUGUACAUUUUGUAUGUUUAUAUAUUGGACUGCAUGAAUUUAGGAUAUAUUUCUAGAUUUGAACAAAUUAUGGUAUUAUGGUGCUUGUAUGCAUCUUAUAUAAUUAAUAUUUUUAAUGGAUAAUAUGUAUUAAGCAUUUGAAUUAAUGAUUGUUCAUACCCAGUAAGUUGUAGACGGUCAUAAUGUUAAUAAUAUGUUUAAUUUAUUGUAAUUAGAGAAGUGUUGUUUCAUCAAAUAAUUAUAUGCUUUAUUGAAAUGUUUAUUUGUUGAGCAGUUAAAGAUACAUAAGGUACUUGUUUCCAACCAAAGCAUGGUGCACUAAAAUGUAAGGUUAUCACGAGCUGUUAAUCAUCAAAUCAAACAGAUUUUAUGUGGGAGGGCAUCUUUUAAUGGUAUAUUUUGAUUAUUGUCCCCCGCCUUUCGAAGAAAGCAGGGCCCUAUUAAAAUGGGUUCGUCCGUCUGUCCGUCCGUCUGUCUGUCCGUCACACUUUUUGGGACACAAUAACUCUCUUUCUAAUUGAGCUAGAAUGUUGAAACUUGGUGUAGGUGUUUAUUAGGUCAAUGCCUUGAUCGAGUUCGAAGAUGGGCAUUUUCUGCUUAGGGUAAGCAGAGAUUAGCAAUUUGAUUGGUUGAUGCUUUGGGACACGAUAACUUGAGUUCUAAUUAAGUGAGAGUAAUGAAACUUGGUGUAUAGUUUCAUUACAUCAUUACCUUGACUAAGUUCGAUAAUGAGCAUUUUCUGCUCAGGGUAAGCAGAGCGAUAAGCAAUUUGAUUGGCUGAGACUUUGGAACACAUUAACCCUCCUUCUAAUUGAGCUAGAAUGUUCAAACUUGGUGUAGGUGUUUAUUAGGUUAAUGCCUUGAUAGAGUGCGAAGAUGAGCAUUUUCGACUUAGGGUAAGCAAAGAUAAGCAAUUUGAUUGGUUGAUGCUUUGGGACACAAUAACUUUGGUUCUAAUUAAGUGAGAGUGAUAAAAUUUUGUGUAUAGUUUUAUUACAACAAUACCUUGACUAAGUUCGAUAAUGAGCAUUUUCUGCUCAGGCUCAGGGUAAGCAGAGCGAUAAACAAUUUGAUUGGUUGAGACUUUGGAACACAAUAACUCCCAUUCUAAUUAAAGCUAUAAUGUUCACACUUAGCGUGGGUGUUUAUUAGGUGAAUGCCUUGAUAGAGUUCGAAAAUGAGCAUUUUCUGCUUGGGGUAAGCAAAGAUAAGCAAUUUGAUUGGUUGAUGCUUUGAGACACGAUAACUUUAGUUCUAAUUAAGUGAGAGUGUGGACACUUGGUGUAUAGUUUUAUCUCAUCAAUACCUUGAGUAAGUUCCAUAAAUAAGCAUUUUCUGCUUAUGGGUAAGCAGAGCGAUAAGCAAUUUGAUUGGUCGAGACUUUGGAACACAACUCUCCUUCUAAUUGAGGUACAUGUAGAAUGUUCAUACUUGGUGUAGGUGUUCAUUUGGUGAAUGCCUUGAUGGAGUUGGAUGAUCAACAUUGUCUGCUUACGGUCUACAGAGAUAAGCAAUCUGAUUGGUUGAUGCUUUGGUUCACGAUAACUUUGGUUUUAAUUAAGUGAGAGUGAUGAAACUCUGAGUAUAGAUUCAUUAUAUCACUACCUUGACUAAGUUUGUUGAUGAGAAUUUUCUGCUCAGGCUAAGGAUCGAUAAGCAAUUUGAUUGGUCAAGACAUUUUUGGUACAUAACAACUCUGCUUUUAACUGAGGUAGAAUGUUUAAACUUGAUGUAGAUGUUCAUUAAGUGAAUGUCUUGACUGUGAGUUCAAUGACUAACAUUUCGAGUUAAAGCUAAGCAAUUUCAUUGGUCGAUGCUUUGGGACAAGAUAACUUUGAUUCUAUAUGAUAGAGAGGGAUCAAACUUAGUGUAUAGGUGAUAAUUUGUUUGAUUGCUUGAUACUUUUGAAAAAAAUAAAUGUGUCAUCUAUUUAUUUUGGGAUUUCGGCGGGGGACAUCAGCCUCACUGUUGGCUUGUUAUUUAUCAUUAUUCUUAUUCAUAUAAUACUGUAAAAUAACUUUUUCAUAUGCUGCCAUGAGUUAAUGAUUCAUGUUACCAUAAUUUUGUUAUUUAUAUGCUAUUUUAAGAUUCUAUUAUUAUUCAUACAUGUAUGUUACCAUGAAGUGAUUAUCCAAUUGUAAUCAUGAAAUGAUUAUCUAUUUGUUAUCAUGAAAUGAUUAUCCAUUUGUUAUCAUGAAAUAAUUAUUCAUUUGUUACUAUAAAAUGAUUAUUCAUUUGUUACUAUUAAAGAAUUAUUUGUUUUAUAGUACAAGAUAAAUUGUAUAAAUAUACAAUAGAAAUUUACAAUAAGGUAGUCAUUCAUACAUAUAUAUGUACAAUGUAUGUUAUAGUAGCCUAUGAGAAUAGUGCAUAUGUACAAUGCAUGUUAUAGUAUGAGAAUAGUGCAUAUGUACAAUGUAUGUUAUAGUAGCCUAUGAGAAUAGUGCAUAUGUACAAUGUAUGUUAUAGUAUGAGAAUAGUGCAUAUGUACAAUGUAUGUUAUAGUAUGAGAAUAGUGCAUAUAUAUGUACAAUGUAUGUUAUAGUAGCCUAUGAGAAUAGUGCAUAUGUACAUUAAUUAUUCAUAUGUUAAAGAUACGUGUGAUUUGAUGACAUAUUUGGGCUAAAAAAAUAUUCAAAUUAAUUAAUCCAUCAAAAAUUUGCUUCAAAUCCUUCUCAAAACUUUGUAUUCCUGAGGAGAUACCUGAAGCUAUAAAAAAUUUAUAUUAGAAGCCAGGUUUGUCACCUAACUUGAUUGAGUGAGGGCCCAUUUUUCAGAAUGUAUUUUUGUCAUUACUUAAUGUCUAUUUACCAUACAUAUUCAGGCCUAAGUAAAUUCUUGAAUUAUUUUCUGCCAACUUCUUUUUCCACUGUUUAAUUGCAGAGUCCUUUAUACGUUUACACCCCUCAAUGUUCCCAAAACCGCCUAACCAUUUGAUCAAGAAAUAAUAACCGCUCCCUCAGUCAAGCUGGCACACAAUAAGCUGGCAGACAACAAUCAGGUUGCCAGUUAGUGAUACCCUGACAUUUUUGCUUAGUGCUUGCCCCAUGGGUGUUAUUCGAGUAAUCCAGUAUUGUUCUAGUUGAGUUUGGGCAUUUAUGCUUUCAAUAUAUACCAAAUUUAUCAUACAUUUAUUGGAAAUAAGCACUCCAUAAAUACUUUGUGAGAAUGUAUUUUUAACAUAAAAUAAUUAUUUAUUUAAUACUACAUUAUAUGCUACUAUAAGAUAAUUAUUAUUUAUAAAAGUUCAACAGCAAUAUAACAACAGGAUGGUUUUAUAUAUUUUGUCAACUGUAAUAAUAUAUAAGAUUGUAAUAAAAGUACUGUUUAUA